AUGGAAGGAGCAUUUGGACAAUAUAUUUCAUCACCACUCUUCACCUUCAGCGUUGGCCCUAACAGAAAGGACUUGAUUGUGCAUUCUGGCCCCCUGGCAGACCUUUCACCGACUUUGCACACCCUCAUGAAUGGUGAAAUGAUUGAGGCGAAAGUCCGACGUGUCGAAUGGCCUGACGUUGACGAAGACACCUUUGUUCGAUUCACCGAAUACGCUUACCUUCGAGACUAUACACCACCAUCGUGCUCAUACAGGCUCUCAAACAUACUCGACAACACUACAGAAAAUCCACAAGACACCUGUGGCUGGGCCAGUCCAGGCAGUCACCCCAAGAGCAAGAAGGACAAGAAGAAGAACAACAACAACUGCCUUGAGCUUUUUAAUGGAAGCAAUGGAAGUUACCCCCAACACAGAGAGGAUUCACUAAAAGAUGCUAGUCAAAUUGGUAAUUAUCAAGGUGGUGGGCAGGCGCUAGUUGAAGUACCACCACCUGAAGACCUGUCAAUUGAAGAACCACUAUCUCAAGAACCGCAAAUUGAAGUACCGCCAUCUCCAGACACGCCAAUUGAAGAACCGCUAUCUCCAGACACACCAAUUGAAGUACAGCUACCUCAAGAACCGCCAAUUGAAGACCAGCCAAUUGAGCAGCUGUCACAGGACCACCCGCCACCGCAUAGUAAUACCGGUGGUAGCCAUCGGUGUGGUUUUCAAGGUUGUUGUAUGUCUGGGAAUCAACAGCAAGGUGGUGGGCAAAGCCCUGGUCCACGAGAUCCUGUUAUGGCGCCUGCCCUUGGUGGGCACGAAUUGCCGUAUCGAGAGAAAAGUAUAUGGAGCCGACAUCUUCGUGGAAAGUUUUCGACUGUCAAUUUCAGCCUGUAUGCCCAUGAAAUGGCGUCAAAAAAGACAUUCACUCCGAGGGGAAACACCGAGUUAAAUGAGGAUUUCACCCCUGUCUUCUUAGGACAUGCAAGUUUAUAUGUCCUGGCCGAUAAAUAUGGUAUUGAGUCACUCUCUCAACUGGUACUCGAUAAACUGAAGCAAACUUUGAAGGGAUUCAAGUUGUCUGCGGCCAAUGUUCCAGAUAUUAUUGAGCUGGUUCGGUUCACAUACGCUCACACACCCCGUCUUGUUACUGGUCGGAAUGAAUUGAGGACACUGGUGACAAUGUUUAUCAUCUCCUCUAUCGGCCAGAUUGGUGAAACUGAGUCGUUUCAAGAGCUUUUAGGGGAAGGGGGUGAUUUUGUUGUUGACUUCUGGCAGAUAGUCUGGGCUUGA